GCGAGAAUCGCCAAAACGUGUCGCAGAGUAAAGAAAGGUUGGAAAAUGGCACCAACAGUCUGGCUCGACCCAGGGUGGCCACAAAACCUCAGUUUGUAGAGAAACACGAUGUCUGUGAGGCUCAACAAGGCGGAGAGCAACAGAGCGAGGUAAGCCUGUAAUAUUGGCCUCGAAUGCCAUUCAUGCCACCGAAUGGGACGGUUACAACAGUGACUCUUGGGUCACCACACCACAGCCUGUCAUUUGGGCCAUUCCGCGCCCCCCCCCCCCAAACCCGCCGGCAAAAAAAAAGUCAAAAAAUGAAAAAAGGAACUAGACAGAAAAUGAAAAUUGCAACUCACGUCGCACACUUAAGAGCGUUGCACUCCACUCAGAGAAGAGUAAACAGAAUAGUAGGCAAAUGAGGGCUGUCGGUGCGCAGGAAGGCUUACCACACCUCCGAGAGGAAGGAGAAGUCCGGGUGAGAACCACUUUCAGUUGAUGACAGAAGCGCCAAGGGUGGACACCGGCUGCAGGAGGCCACCGGCUCCCGUCUGCCCCGCCGUCAUGCUCUGUCUGCUCCUGCCUCUCGCGUUGGUCUCCUGCCUCGGCCCAGGGAACACAGCUUCACAAGCCAGCUCAACCCCACUGAUGGUGAAUGGGACUCUGGGGGAGUCGGUAACUUUUCCCUUGAAGCUUCCUAUAUCUGAGGAUACUCAUUCCAUCACCUGGCUUUACAACGGAACAUCUAUAACCUUCAUACAACUAAGCGAUCCUUCAGAUCCCCAGAUCAUACUGACGAAUCCAAAAUGGAAAGACCGACUGCAAUUCACCAGGAACUACUCCUUACAGCUCAGCAACCUGACAAUGGCUGACGCAGGAUCUUACCAUGCCCAGAUAACCACACAAACCUCUACAGUGUUUUCCAGUUACAAGCUGAGGAUCUUCAGACCACUGAAGAACUUAGAAGUGGCCAACCACACUUGGCGAUCCGAGAAUGGGACCUGUGAGAUCCACCUGACCUGCUCUGUGGAGAAUAUGAGUGACGACAACCUAGUAAGGUGGGAGGUCGCAGGAAGCAUAUCUAUAAGAGAAGCCAACCUCACUCUGUCCUGGGACCCCAAGAACUCCAGCGAAGAGAAGUACACCUGCAUAGCUGAGAAUCCUGUCAGCCAACUGUCCUUCUCUGUUUCCACCCAGAGUCUCUGCAAAGAUUUUUUGAAUGAUGAAUCCAUUGGUAUCCUAUGGAUUGCACUUGUGACUAUCAUUUUGAUAUGUCCAGUCAUCGUGUUACUUGUUGUUUGGAGGAAGAAAUACUGUUUGUGCAAGAGAGGCAUCUUUCAUUUCUCUGCUCAGCAAACCCAGACUUCUGCAGAGAACAUGAAUAACUUAGAGUAUGUCUCCAUCUCUUCGGGGAACACCGUGUAUGCUCAUGUCACUCAUCCAAAGAGGCAAACAAGUAACCCAACGCCUACGAAAAGCACUGAUUCCUCCACAAUUUACUCCACGGUUCAUCAGUCCAAAGAGAGUAAGCCCAUUUCUCCCCGGACGACUGCCCUCGGCAACGUCAUCCAAGUGGCUGAGGGGUCUCAGCAGGAAUGCAGGAAGCACAUGGCUUCUCCCGACCCCUUGGGAGAGAACAAACACAGCGUGGUUUCUGCCUGGAGGACUUGAAUAUCUAGGAUCAUCGCUUCCAGUUCUGAGGACCGGAACCUGUUCGCCUCCGUCAAGUAUCGAAGGAAUGACAUCAUUUCCAACAUGGGACCCAAAUAACAUUUUCUAAUGUGCUCCGGGUCAAAACACGCCUCGGCGAACAAGCCUGGAUAUUGACUUUCUCUUUGGCAACGGAUGGGGUUGCGGUUGACGGGGACUGGUAAUUCAGAAGACAACGACUUCUCUCCUCGUAGAGAGCAGCAGGACUGCGAUUCGCUGGGAGAGAGUACCGUGUGUUACGUAUGUUGUCUCCGGAAUCGGACGGACCCAUCCCCAAACCCUCACGCAUCGUUUACUAGACAUACCUCCCGGGACCCGUGACGGAACCUCUUGAGCUCUGGUCUGCUAGACUGAAAAAUGGGGAUCAGCCUGUUAACUCAAACCAGGAACCGGAGUCAUCCUUGACUUCAGCUGUUUCGUCACCAGGCCCUUUGGACUCUACCUCCACACAUGUAUGUCAGAUCAACCCGCUUGUCUCCAAACCUUCAACCUCCAUCCUGUAUUAAUUAACCCACCAUCAUCUCCAACCUGGGCUACAACAGUAAACUCCAAACAAAUGUCCCCCAGGUUUGCUCUUAUCUCCCUCCGGUCCAUUCUCCACAAGACAGCCGGAGUAGUAUCUUUAAUAUAAAUCAGACCCUUCGCUUGUCUGCUUAAGAUGAACCCUGCGGGACUUCCCGGUCACUCAGAAAGAAACUGAGUCUCCGUGGCUCUGGAUGGCCUGGCGCCUCUACAACCUCGGCCGUCACCACUCACCCCUCUCUCUGAUUUGGCCUCUCUGAUUCUCUUUCAGCUCCUCGGAGGAGUUUGCUCACAUCUG